CCAAACAUAUUAAUUAACAAAGUUGUCUGUGACAUACAUUUGAAUUUUUUUGGGAUUUAACAACUAUGUUCAAAACUUCUGGCAAAUACAUUGAUAAGGCAGAGCAUGUUUGUGUUUUAAAACGUUUAUUACUUUCUGCUAGUAUGUGUCUAAAAGAAUGGGAUGGAUUGGUCAGGAAGAAAUUCAAGAGUAUUGCGGUUUUGGAUUGCUUCCCCCUAGAAUCUGUAAGCACUGUGAAACGAAGGUGUCAUGUCAAAGAUAAAUAUCUAUGAGGGUAAAGCAUGCGUGUUUAUUUGUACGUUUCAUUUGCUUCUGUCCUGAUGUGAUCUGAUAACAAGUUUGGUACAAGUCCCAACAAGAAAAGAGUUAGUGCAAAUCUACUGAAAGCUACGCUUCGCUGGUUGCAUCAGAAUGGCACUUUUCUCUUUCCUACCCUUUCAUUUCAUAGCUUCAACAUGUGUAUGACAGACCAGGUUUAAUCUUUUUUAAAUACUUAUGUAAUUUGCAAAAAUGCCAACUCGCCAGCGACAAAACAACAACUCCACGACAUUUGAAAAUGUCGAGUACACAAAGCCUGAGCUUCCUCAUAUUGUCUAUAAAAUUGGAAUUUAUGGAUGGCGAAAGAGAUGCUUGUAUUUUCUCAUCUUGCUCAUAUUAAUCAUCGCUAUCAUCAAUUUGGCUUUAACUAUUUGGAUCAUUAGAGUUCAAGAUUUUGGAUUGCAUGGUAUGGGCAAGCUUCAUAUAACAAGUAAUGGCUUGAGAAUGGACGGCACAGCAGAGUUCAUGUCUGUGUUACGUGCGAAGACAAUUAUGAGCAGAACUAAUUCUCCAAUUCGAGUGAAUUCGCGGAAAAAUAUAUCCCUUAGUGCAGUGGAUGCAUUUAACAAUGUUGUCGGUCAAAUCACAUUGGACAGUGAUCACGUGAUAUUGAAAAAUAAAAAGCUGUACAUUCAAGAUGGCGCAGGACGUACGCUACUUUUUGCUGAUGACAAGAAAAUUAAAAUGAACAUUGAACAUAUGGACAUUUCAGUACCUGGAGGCUUAAACCUGGAAAGUUCAAUUCAAACACCUUUGGUGCAAGCCAGCGAUUCAAAAGACCUCCGAUUGGAAUCACUAACGAAUAAGUUGAAAGUCAACGCUGCAAAAGGCGUCGAAAUUAAAUCGAACGCACAUGACGUCAAAUUGGAGAGUUUAAUGGAUACCAAGUUAACUUCUAAGAAGGGAAAGAUUCUGUUGGAUGCAAAAAAGAUUAUUUUAAAAAAUCUGCGAAAGUCUCAGGUGCCUGGUAAAUCAGAAAAUGGUGACGUUGUCCAUGGAGGGACAGCUGAAGUAUGUAUGUGUACUGACGGGACCUUAUUUCUUGCACCACCUGAUGUAAAACGCCCUUGUAAAAUAACAAGCGGCGUAUGUCUAACAUAGUAAAAACGUCAAUUUAUUUAUUUAUUUAUUCUAAAAAUUCAGAACUUUCUUUUAUAAAAAGUCUUGUUUAAUUUCUUUUUGUUUUGCUUAAUUCUUUUUUUCCAAUUUCUUCCAACCGUUUUUUUUUCGUCAAAAAUUUAUUUGGAUUUUUAUCAUGCUUUACUUUUAAAUUACUAUCAGCCUCGUUCCCUGUCAAAGUUCUGGGAACGAGGUUGAAUUAUAUUGCUUAACGAAAAAGGUGUAAAUAUUAUUGUAAUGUUUUUUUAUAAAGAAAAUAUCAGAAAUUACAUCA